AUGGCCGAGGGCAGGGGCGGCAGCGCCGGGCUCUUCGCCAGGCAGGUCCAGAAACGCUUCAGCCGCGCCCAGGAGAAGGUUUUGCAAAAAUUGGGCAAAACGGUGGAAACCAAAGAUGAGCAGUUCGAGCAGAGCGCCUACAACUUCCAGCUGCAGCAGAACGAGGGUCACAAACUCUACAAGGAGCUCAAGGGGUUCGUGGGAGCCGUGAGAGUGAUGCACGAGAGCUCCCGCAGAGUGGCCGAGACGCUGCAGGACAUUUACAGCCCUGAGUGGGACGGGCACGAGGAGCUCCGGGCCAUCGCCGACAGCAAUGACCUCCUGUGGGAGGACUACGAGGCCAAGUUGGUGGACCAAGCCCUGCGGCUCAUGGAGAAUUACCUGGCUCAGUUCGGCGACUUCAAGGAGCGCAUCGCCAAGCGGGGCCGAAAGCUCGUGGACUACGACAGCGCCCGGCACCACCUGGAGGCUCUGCAGAGCGCCAAGAAAAAGGACGAGGCCAAAAUCGCCAAGUCGGCACUCCCCGGGACAGCUCCCGCUUGGGGAUGGGGACAGUCCCCCGGCCGUGGGGACAACGCCAUGACCUCCCCCGUCCCUCCCCAGGCCGAGGAGGAGUUCAAUAGAGCCCAGGCGGUGUUCGAGGAGCUGAACAGGGACCUGCGGGAGGAGCUGCCGGUCCUGUACGGCAGCCGCCUCGCCUGUUACGUCACCGUUUUCCAGAACAUCUCCAACCUCCGUGACGUCUUCUACAAAGAGAUGAGCAAGCUCAACCGGGACCUGUACGAGGUGAUGAGCAAGCUGGAGAAGCAGCACUCGAGCAAGGUGUUCAUCAUCAAAGGCGUGCCCAGCAAUCGCCGCUCUCUGGUCAUCUCGGCCCCCGUGAGCCCCCCGGCCAUGUUCCCCUGCCCGGACAAGGCGCCCGUGCUGGACGCGGAGGUGACACCGGGGUCCCCCGGCGGGGGCGGCGCCGCCACCGACACCGACACCGAGAGCGCCGCCCCCGCGGAGCCGGGGGCCGUGUCCCCCGGGCCCCCCCCGGCUUCGCCCGCCAGCGGCGGCUCCCUGGACACGGCCUCUGUGUCCAGCGAGGAGAGCGCGGAGCAGGCGACAGCGGUGACAGGGUCCGUGUCCAGCGAGGGGACCCCGGAGGAGGUGACAGCGGUGACAGGGUCCGUGUCCAGCGAGGGAACCCCGGAGGAGGCGACAGCGGUGACAGGGUCCGUGUCCAGCGAGGGCACCCCGGAGGAGGUGACAGCGGUGACAGGGUCCGUGUCCAGCGAGGGGACCCCGGAGCCCGGUCCCGGCCGCGACAGCGAGACCCCGGAGCAGGCGACAGCCGUGACAGGGUCGGCGUCCAUCAAGGAGCCCCCAGAGGAGGUGACAGCGGUGACAGGGUCGGUGUCCCCCGAGGAGCCCCCGGAGCCCAUCUCCGACCCCGACUCUCUGUCCCCUGGUCCGGAGCCACCGGCGACAGCCGCGGAGCCGGGGGGUGACAUCGGGGCGCGGGGAGGGGUCGAGGGCAUCGCCGCCUCCCUGGCGUCACUGGUUGUAUCCGAGGCCAUCGCCCAGGCCGCUGGCACGCUGUCAGCAGCGCCGGGGACAGCGGCGGGCACGGCAGGGGACAGCGCGGCCACCAGCGCCGAGGGUCGGGCGCGGCCCGCGGUGUCGCCGUCCCCAGCCGCAGCUGUCCCCUGCCGUGUCCCCGGCCCCGCGGCGUGUCCCCGGGAGCCGUGCCAGCUCGGCGGAGAGCGGGGACAGCGCGGGGACACCGGGCACAGCGCGGAGGCGGCGGAUGCCGAGCCAGAGGGCUGUUCCGGGACACCGGAGCAGGACACGAGCCAGGACACGAGCCGGGACCCCUCAGGUGCUGCAGAGCCCCCCCAGGAUCCCCCCGAGUUCCUCAGCGCCCUCUGA